GUCCGUUUUAACUCUUUUGAGUCACACAGCCCGGUGAGGUUAUUAGCGGUCUGAGCUUGUCCUAGAAUGGCCUUUCACUGACCACACGGUGGGGUGAGGCUCAAGAGUAUUGUCAUUGGUCCACAGCAACAUCCUCUUCAGAAUCACUGUCAGGGCUGUGGUCAUUGGACAGUGUCCAGUCUGUCCACUCCACUGGGGCCAAAUCUCAACAUUGCUUCAUCCUUCCAUCACCUGAGAGAUGACUAGCCCUUUGUUGUUGAAAGGCAAACAGGUGUUAUUUUACUAGGGAGGGAAUUUACACUGUAGAAACAAACAUCCUCUAGUAUGUAAUUGAGUGCUGACAGUCACACUGAGGUUUGGUUCACAGGGAGACAGAGGUGUUCCAUCUGGGGGACAGUGGGCAACAUUUUCACUCUCCAUUUUCUGGAUUUUUAGACUUGCCUACUGCGGGGGGUUUUCUCUUUGUCAGGUUGUGAAGUUUCCCCAUCUAUACCUAUUUCCUUCACACGCCUUAAUCUCUUCAAGACCAACACACCAGCCAGUUCUGGUCUGACAACCACUGUCUGCCUCACGGUUCCCAUUCAUAAAUACUCUUUCAGGUUAUACUAUGGGUCAACGGACAGACUCUACCCUGCAAUCCUUGCUCCUCUUACCAAUCCACCUUUUGAUAUGGCUCUACUCCGUCCUCUCCUUUCUGCCCUGGUAUUUCAUCACUGGUGCCGGGCAUAAGAAAGCUCAAUCUGAACGGAUAAAGGCCCGUUCCACUUCAGGCCAGGCAGAGGGUCCUUACCGAUCUGUGGACCACUUUGAGUCCCUCGCCAGGGAGGACUUCCCUGGCAAGGACACCCUGGAUAAGUUGUUUCAACACGCCGUGCAGCGCUAUGGAUCAGCUCAUUGUCUUGGCACCAGAGAUAUACUGAGUGAAGAAAAUGAGACUCAGCCUAGUGGCAAAGUAUUUAAAAAGUUGAUCCUGGGAGAGUAUCGGUGGUUGUCUUACAAUGACGUGGAUACCAUAGUGAAUGAGUACGGCAGCGGAUUACAAGCUCUCGGACAGCAGCCCAAAAACACCAUCGCCAUCUUCUGUGAGACCAGAGCUGAGUGGAUGAUCACUGCCCAGGCAUGCUUUAGGCGCAAUUUCCCCUUGGUGACAUUCUAUGCCACACUGGGAGAGGAUGCCAUCGCAUAUGGACUGAAUGAAAGCGGUGUCACACAUCUUGUUACCAGCAUAGAACUGCUAGAGUCUAAACUAAAAAGUGUGCUUCCGCAAAUCCCAAAACUGAAGCAUGUGAUCUACGUGGACCAAAAGAAAGUGAGCGCAGAAGGCUACCCAGCAGGACUUUCCCUCUACAGCAUGGAGGCUGUACGAGAGCUGGGCGCCCGUCCUGAAAACAUUGGGAGGCCGAUAGUGAAGCCCCAGCCCUCGGACCUGGCUGUGGUGAUGUACACCAGUGGUUCUACUGGCAGACCUAAAGGAGUUAUGAUCAUCCACAGUAACUUGAUUGCUGGAAUGACAGGCCAGUGUGAGCGCAUCCCUGGACUGGGGCCUAAUGACACAUACAUAGCUUAUCUGCCUCUGGCUCAUGUACUGGAAAUGACAGCGGAAAUCUCCUGUGUCACAUACGGCUGCCGGAUUGGCUACUCGUCCCCCCAGACGCUCUCGGACCAGUCCACUAAGAUCAAGAAGGGAAGCAAAGGAGACUGUACAGUCCUCAGACCCACCCUGAUGGCAGCUGUGCCAGAAAUAAUGGAUCGCAUCAACAAGAAUGUGAUGAGCAAAGUGCAGGAAAUGAGCUACAUUCAGAGGACAUUGUUUACACUGGGAUACAAAUAUAAACUGGAACAGAUUAAGAGGGGAUAUGACGCACCGCUCUGCAAUGCCUUGUUGUUCCGCAAAGUGAAGAAGCUGCUGGGAGGACAAGUGAGGAUGAUGUUGUCAGGAGGAGCCCCCCUGUCCCCGGUUACACAGAGAUUUAUGAAUGUAUGCUUCUGUUGUCCCGUGGGCCAAGGCUACGGCCUCACGGAAACCUGUGGAGCAGGCACCAUCACAGAGGUUGUGGACAUCAGCACCGGUCGUGUUGGAGCUCCUCUCAUCUGCUGUGAGAUCAGACUCAGGGACUGGGCUGAAGGAGGCUACACCAGCAAGGACAAGCCAAACCCAAGAGGGGAGGUGCUGAUCGGUGGUCCCAACGUGACCCAGGGUUAUUACAGGAGCGACGGCAACGAUCAGGACUUCUUUGUGGAUGACAAUGGCCAGCGAUGGUUCUGCACCGGUGAUAUAGGAGAGGUUUAUCCAGAUGGUUGUCUGCAAAUAGUGGAUCGGAAGAAGGACUUGGUGAAGCUGCAGGCUGGAGAGUACGUGUCCCUGGGAAAAGUCGAGUCUGCACUAAAGAACUGCGCCCUCAUAGAUAACAUCUGCGCGUAUGCAAAUAGCGACCAGAACUACGUGAUCAGCUUUGUGGUUCCCAACCAGAAAAAGCUGACGGAACUGGCCAAACAGAGGGGCAUAGUGGGAACAUGGGAGGAGAUCUGCACUCACCCUGACAUGGAAAGAGUGGUUCUGGGGGAGAUCAAGGAGGUGGCGGUUAACAUUAAACUCCAGCGGUUCGAGAUACCAGUGAAGGUCCAUCUGAGUCCAGAGCCAUGGACUCCAGAAACAGGUCUCGUCACAGACGCCUUUAAGCUGAAGAGGAAAGAGCUGAAGAACCACUACCUUCACCACAUAGAGAGAAUGUACGGCGGCAAAUAAAUGCAGUCAUUUUCAGAACCACUGUAAAAUAACCUGUGAUACCAAUUUGGAUUUUUAUGCUGUUUGUGUACAGUAACACAUACACAUGAACAUGGCUUGAACAGAUGAGCUGAAGCUUUAGAUAUCUGUAGCUGUUGAUUCAUUUGUGCUGCUUUUUAUUCUUGUGUGUAGAACAGUAAAAAUGUUUUGAUUGUCGGAGGUGCACUUAAAAGAAGCAGCACUUAUUUUGUGAGAGGGAUCCGAGACCAUUACAGCACUCAACUGCCAUACACUCGUCGAUUUGUACUUUGUAGCUCAUUAGAAGUAUCACAGUCCUCCAUCUGUGGCUGAUACAUUAGUGUUACGUCCAUUGGAAUUUUAACAACUAUAGUUGGUGUCAAGGCUUUUUUGUAAAUUUGGAGUACUGAUGUUACUGUGCCUUCAGUCUGCAGUACUUGUGUAGUAAAGCAGAGAGAAGUGGCAUCUUGGGGAAAAAAUAGUUUACAUUUCUGUCAAAAAAAUGGCUUUACUGCCAUGUUAAACUUACUUGAUGUCAUUGGAAAAAAAAAUUUAGAGCUUCAAUUGACAUGAAUCGUACAUUAAAAAAGUUGCUCAUUAUUGUCUGCUUGUGCACUUGCCAAAUUCUACUAUUCUAUAAUUUCUUUUUGUCAAUUUGUCAAAAGACCAAAAUGUGCAUAAAUGCAUGACUCAGGAAGGUAAGCAAAUGUUUUAAUAUAUGAAACUGUCAAGUAGGAAGUUGCUUAUAUAGAAAGGAAUUUUGUUAAAAUUCAAUGGCACCUUAUUUAUUUAAGAGUAAGCUUGAUUAACUUCUAAAUUAUUAGCAUCAGCUAUAGUCUGAACUGGCAUAUUGUACUGUGCAAAUUUUACCUCAGUUAACAGAAUUAUGUAGAAUUUGGUAAUUUUUUUGCAGUCAAGUCUGUUGAAAUAUUAAUAGAGGGGUUUUUUCUAUGUAUUUUUCUAAAUGUUGUCAUGUUAAUGGAUUUGCUUUAAACGCAGACUAUGACAGUCACUUUACAGCUGGUUCAGUGGUCCUAUUAGUAUUUAUUGUUCCAUCAUGAUGAUCACAUACCUUGUUCAAUAGUUCUGAAAAAUAAACUUUUUUUGUACUUGG